CCGAUCUCAUUAAAAACUGCAUCAAACAUUAAUUCAAUCUUUAUGUGACUUAUGUGCAAAAAAUAUUUGCAAUCGGAUAAAACGCGUUAAUGCACCAGCGUUCCAAACGUGGAAAGUAGCGGUACAACCUUUUAGCGAACGAAACUACAGUCAGUUUGAAUUCGAAAAACCCUCGAACGCUAAGAAACAUUUCCCAAGGGAGCUAUGGCUUUUUCUACGAGUUUGCAAGUAUUCGUACUAGUUUACGGAUGCAUUUUUGCAUUUGCCGUCCUAAAAGUCGAAGCUCCAUUUGUCUUUAACUUUUUGAACCUGAAUCUUCGCGAAAAAAACCACUCGGUCAUUGACAAGGAACUGAAUAGUCAAGUACCCGAUGUAUCAUUCUCCGACUCGACUGACCCAACCCCUGAGUGUCCUAAGGAUAUACGUUUAGCUUGGCAAAGAAUGCCUCCAUUUAUUGACAAGAAAUCCUCCAGAAACAGUUCUGAAGUUAAAGGUGUCUUUACAGACAUCUUGAAUCACGCUUUUCGCAUCUGUUGUCAUCCUUGCGAAGCUAACGUAAAGUACUCUGAUGAACAAAACACCACAAGCUCCCUACAUGCUCAACUAUUCUCCAAAAAAGCAGAGGCCAUUCUUCCUGUCCAUAGUGACGAUCAAGAACUUUACGGUGGCGGACUGCCUUACGUUCAAGUCCUGACUUCACCCGGUUUAAUGCUCAUCAUGAACCAAGAAGACUUCCAGAAGGAUGGCCGCUUGAAAGUUUGGAAUGCGCUAGCGGGAACCUGGACAGUUCUUGUCCCGUCUAUUCUUCUUGUCAUCAUUGCAGGGAUCUGCAUUUGGGCUUUGGAAUUUCACGCCAACCAGGGAGAAUUCCCGAAGGAAUUCCUUAGCGGUGCAUCGAAUGGAAUAUGGUGGUCCUUUGUCUCCAUGACAACCGUUGGGUAUGGAGACAAGUCACCCAGGACGUUUUUUGGCCGUUUUUUUGGAAUGGUUUGGAUACUCUUUGGUCUGGUUAUAUGUUCCUUCAUGGUUGCCACGCUCGAGUCUGCCUUGACUGUUACGUCUAUGGACAAGAAAAUUGAGAUUUUUGGUAAAGAUAUUGCAGUACUAGAGAGAACCGAAGCGUACAUUGAGGCGGUGCAUCAGGGAGCCAGGGUGAAAGUGUUUCCUAGCUUCCACGGUGCCUAUACCUCUCUUAUCAACAACCAAGUCUUCGGAAUCCUCGAGGAGAUCCCGUUUGGCAUCGAUCAUCUCAACUCCAUCAAGGACUCUCGCCUGGUGAUUUCUCGUCUUUAUAUGCGGGAUAUCUCAUAUGGAUUGGCUCUGGACAUGUUUUUUCCUCUCCCGGCCACUACUUGCUUGAGACGGCUGUUUAAGUAUAGAACCAAGGACAUAUCUGAAAUCCUGGAACAUUACUACUACAACGUGAUGGAUGUCAGAAGAUCUGCGGUGGUACACGGUGAAGAAGACGAAGCCGUCAUUCCUCUACUCGACGUUCGGUCGCCGUUCUACAUGCUCCUCUUGUAUGUUCUAAUGAUAUGCCUCGGCAUCUUGUUGGUUGGGGGCCUCAUUCAUCAGUUUAUGGCAUCGAGCAGACAGUGCAGAAGAGCUCAGCCAGAUCAAGACGAAAGGAAGGUAUCUUCUGUUGUACCUUUGAGAAACUUUGCUCUCGAUGUCAUCGAAGAAAAGAAAUUCUAAAAUACACAAGCCUUGCAUUCGAUGCACACCGCUGUUUUUGAAGACCACAGAAUUAUUUACGCAGGCUUUGAGUCUCGUUUAUGAGUCAGCUUUUCACAGAUACCAUUAAGGCUGCGUUCAUAA